GCUCUUUUUGACGCUGGCUCCGCUCAUGAUGAAAGCCGGUGGGACGAAGCAGAUGGCGACAACGAGGAGGAGCAAACCGGAAGUACAGCUAUGCUAGGUACGGCGAGCGAAAGGGCACACAAUACUUACGUCAUUACGCAAAAUCCACAGCCGGUGCUAAUGAUGGCUGCCACUCGUUACCGCCGCUUCCUCAAGUUGUGUGAGGAAUGGCCCCUGGAUGAGACCAAGAAAGCCCGAGAUUUAGGAACUUUUCUUCGGCAGCGAGUCGCAGCUGCCUUCAGAGAGGGUGAAAACACGCAGGUUGCAGAUACUGAAAAGUGUGACCAGAUGUAUGAAAGCCUGGCAAGAAUAAAUGCAAACACAUACAGACAACGAUUUCCUCGUGUGAGAGACACAAGCUUCACUGGGGUCACGGCAGAAGAAUGUAAAUUACUGCUGUCAGGUAGCGUGCAACAGACUGAUGACGAAAAGAAGAGCUUGUGGAGAACGUUAACGGAGAGGUUUUCUUCCAAAUCAGAUGACAGUCCAGAGAAAACACAUGAAAAAUAACCUCUUAUGCAAUUUAUUGUUGUUAUUCCGCGUAGAGAAAUAAAAUGUUUAUUGGUA